CUGAAAUGGCGCAGAAAGGAGUCCAGCUGAACCAGGAAACCAUCUCUUGUUCCAUCUGUCUGGAUCUACUGAAGGAUCCGGUGGCUGUUUCCUGUGGACACAGCUACUGCAUGAAGUGUCUUCAAAGCCACUGGGAUACAGAGGAUGAGAAGGAACUCUACAGCUGCCCUCAGUGCAGGCAGACCUUCACACCGAGGCCUGUCCUGCAGAAAAACACCAUGUUAGCAGUUUUAGUGGAGGAGUUGAAGAAGAGCGGACUCCAAGCUGCUCCUGCUGAUCACUGCUAUGCUGGAGCUGAAGAUGUGGCCUGUGAUUUCUGCAGUGGGAGGAAACUGAAAGCUCAAAAAUCCUGUCUGCAAUGUCUGGCCUCUUACUGUCAGAAUCACCUUCAGCCUCAUUUUGAAGUAGCUCCUUUAAAGAAUCACAAGCUGGUGGAGCCAUCCAAGAAGCUCCAAGAGAACGUCUGCUCUCGUCUCAAUGAGCAUAAAGGCCACAACACGGUCUCAGCUGCAGCAGAGAGGGCCGAGAGGCAGAGAGAGCUAGAGGUAAGUCGACAAAACAUCCAGCAGAGAAUCCAGGACAGAGAGAAAGAUGUGAAGCUGCUUCAGCAGGAAGCAGAGGCCAUCAAUCGCUCCGCUGAUAAAGCAGUGGAGGACAGCCAGGAGAUCUUCACCCAGCUGAUCUGUCUCAUGAAGAAACAAUGCUCUGAUGUGACCCAGCAGGUCCGAUCCCAGCAGGAAAGCCAAGUGAGUCGAGUCAAAGAGCUGGAGGAGAAGCUGAGGCAGGAGAUCGCUGAGCUGAAGAGGAAAGACGGCGAGCUGCAGACACUGUCACAAACACAGGAUCACAACCAGUUUCUACACGACUACCCCUCACUGUCAGCACUCAGACAACCUACACACUCAUACAGCAUCCAUAUCCGUCCUCUGAGGUACUUUGAAGACGUGACAGCGGCUGUAUCAGCAGUCAGAGAUAAACUACAGGACGUCCUGACAGAGACAUGGACAAACAUCUCACUCACAGUGACUGAAGUGGAUGUUUUACAGCCGCAACCAGAGCCCAAGACCAGAGAGGAGUUCAUCAGAUAUUCAUGUGACAUCACACUGGAUCCAAACACAGCAAACAGCUAUCUGUUAUUAUCUGAUGGAAACAGAAAAGUUAAAAGGAUGGGUCAACAACAGUCUUAUGCUCGUCACCCAGAUAGAUUCACUGGAGAGUAUCAGGUCCUGAGUCGAGAGAGUCUGACUGGACGUUGUUACUGGGAGGUGGAGUGGAGAGGAUUUGUUUUUAUAGCAGUCGCAUACAAGAAUAUCAACAGAACAGGGGACUGGAAGGAAUGUGAAUUUGGACGCAAUGACAAAUCUUGGGCACUAGACUGGAGUAACAGUAAUUAUAAGUUUUGGUACAAUGAUGUCCAGACUCGUGUCUCUGGUCCUCGGUCCUCCAGAGUGGGAGUGUACCUGGAUCACAGAGCAGGUAUUCUGUCCUUCUACAGCAUCUCUGAAACCAUGGCUCUCCUCCACAGAGUCCACACCACAUUCACUCAGCCUCUACAUGCUGGACUUCGGGUUUGUGGCACUGCUGAGAUGUGUAAGCUGAAGUAGACAGAAGUCAUUUAAAGGAAAUGUGGGUUCACUUCUGUGUUUGAAUCCUUCAGCUUGAUUUUUCUUCAUGUUUGUUGCUGAGAGCUGAUUGGACCUCAUUCACCAAGCGUUCUUACUCACAAACUUGUUCUUACACAGUUUUGAAGAAGAUUCUGACAUUCAGCAAAGUUUUCUUCUCUGUGAUUUGUUCUCAGCUAAGACAGGGUUGCCAACUCUCACGCUUCUGGUGUGUGACACGCUUUCACCUCCUGUCUCACGUUCACAGGCCACUCAAACUACUCUCACACUAGAAUCAAAUGAAUGCUUUGGCGCCCUCAAAUUACUCAUGUUAGGUCAAAUCAAUAAAUCUGUUACCCACAUAAAGAAGACAGGCUUUCACUUCCACAUGUAUUAUUUUAAAUCCGUAUUUUAUUACUGACGCAGGAGCGUGUGUAAGAGAAGAGAGCAGAGGAAGUCCGCUGCAUCUCUUUUCUCCAGCCACUUCCUGCUGAUGCUCUCUCACACCCAUAUCUUUUGACUAUUAUACUGAUGCGCGUCAUCAACGAGCAUAACACACGUAUCACACGUGGAGAUAAUGUCAUAUCUAGUGAAAGCUGUUCAAACGUGGGUGUUUUAUUUGAUCUUUAAUGCACUAAUGAUCAUAAAUACUGUCAACAGAGCAGAAAUAUAAAACCAAAGCUCCAACAUGAGGCAGGGUGAAACGA